UGCGAGAAAACCGAAAGUGAAGUGGAAACUGUUUCAAUCAAGCCAUGUCGAAGCGUACACAUUCCACGCAUAUUUUGGGCAUUGUGGUCAUCUUCUUCAGCAGCUACAUUCUGGGCAUUUAUAGUGCGGCACGUGCGACCAGCCAACUUGGGUUUUCAACAAUGCACAAUGAGAGUUGGACACUCAACGACACACUACUGGAUAGUCUUGAACAUGAGCUGGUGGCGGGAGCGGGAAGCGGUGUUGCCCGCAACAAUUCCAGAAAUCCUCGCUGGUUUCCCUUUUACACCAUCGGUCGCUUCUCCAAUGACAUUUGCCGUGGCAACAACCUGUUGAUGGGCACGUGCGCCAUCCGUGGGGAGUGUACCGAUAAUAAUGGUGUUGCCGCUGGCAGUUGCUCCACGAUUACGAGCCAGGCCGUCUGUUGCAUCUACCAGCGAACUUGUGGUGCAAGCACCAACUUCAAUAAUACAUAUUUCUACAACAGUAACUAUCCGGCACCUUAUUCCGGCGGAGGACGUUGCACGAUUGUUGUUACACCGCCGGAUUCAAGUAUUUGCCAGCUGCGAAUCGAUUUUCUGGCCCUGUCACUGGCUCCACCGAGUGGCGAUGGUUUUUGCAGCACCGAUGCUUUAACCAUAACCGGUGGCGCCUCCCAGGUGCCUACCAUUUGUGGCGAGAACUCUGGCCAACAUGUCUAUGUUGACUUUAAUGGCGAAAGUCCCAUCUCCAUCACAGUAGUCACCUCGGGCGGCUACACAUUCAAUCGUCAAUGGCAAUUCCAGAUACGCAUGAUGGGCUGUACAUCGGCGACCUUGGCGCCCGCCGGCUGUCUGCAGUAUCACAUGACCCCGAGUGGGAAUAUUGCGAGCUUUAACUAUGUCUCUGCCGCUUCCUCUGCCCUCAACUCCAUUGGAGUGCAGGGGACGCGACAGUUGGCCAACAUGCGCUAUGGAAUCUGCAUACGCAAGGCGACGGGCAUGUGCUCCAUCACCUAUGGCCAGGUUGGUUCCGAUGCCUACUCAUUUACGAUGACAAAUGAUGUGGGCGCCGUGGAUCCGGCGCUGCUUGCCACAUCAGCGGUGCAGAGUCAGGAUUGCACAACGGAUUACCUUAUUAUACCAGCUCCGGUGCAGGCUGGCGUCAACAUGCCCAGCGAUCGGUUCUGUGGAUUGGGUCUGGUCUCGACAACAACUACGGCGAAACCAUUUGUCGUUUUCGCAGUGACGGAUGCGAAUGAAGAAUUGGAUAUAUCGAAUCGUGGCUUUUACUUAUCCUACUCGCAAGCUGCUUGUCCAGUGUUAUAG